AAUUGCUUGGCCUCUGUCAUAAUGUCGUUGUUGAGCUUCUUUGCUCGUCAUUGUUGUGCCGUGUCCCUAAGAACGCCUCAAAACACGUUAAAAUAUUCCAUCGCAUCCAAACCAAACGGUACGGUUUCCGUGUUUCGUUCUAUGGAUCAAUGUGAAAAAUUUCACAAUAGAUAAAUCUAUCAAUCUUACGGAACAUCGAGCUGUUUUGAAUCUUGUAACAGCGAACGCAAGCGUCAAAUGAAAUAUAUUUUUAUGUCUACUAGUACUAUGCUGUAGAGCUGCGAUCGACGGAAAAAGUGAACAUAAUCCGAAUUCUCAUGCAAUCAAAGUACGUUGCUAAAACGCAGUCCACUUUCUUGCCACCGACCGAACAGCGCGUAGGCUCGGGCAUAGUAUAUUUUCCUGCAACUCAAUCCACAAAGUUCAGCAUUCAAACCUCUAAUUAACACCACCAAGCAGUAGCAGCAGUAUCGUAGUACACGCAAGCAUCAACAGACUGCACCAUGGUAGAACCAAUGUUCGAUUAUCAGUUUCGCCAUAUACUGAUAGGCGAUAGUACGGUGGGGAAGUCGUCGUUAUUGAAAUAUUUUACCGAUGGCAAAUUUGCUGAGCUUUCCGACCCAACGGUCGGGGUCGAUUUCUUUGCCCAUCUGAUCGAGGUAAAUGAUGGGACGCGCAUCAAGCUGCAGCUGUGGGACACCGCUGGACAGGAGCGCUUCCGUUCAAUCACGAAAUCCUACUACCGAAAUUCUGUUGGUGUGUUGCUGGUGUAUGAUAUUACCAGCCAUGCGAGCUUCGAGCACAUUCCACUCUGGAUGAUGGAGGCAAAGCGCCACAUCGAACCGCACCGACCCGUGUUUGCACUGGUCGGAUGCAAGCUUGAUCUUGUAACGAGUGGGGCACAGCAGCGUGAAGUGAGCCUGGACGAGGCGCGUUCGUUCGCUGAGCAGCAUGGUCUCAUCUUCGUGGAAACGUCGGCCCGAUCCGGUCUCAACGUGCGCGAGGCGUUCACGCUCGUCACACAGGAAGUGUUCAAUCGAAUCAAAACUGGCGAAUAUAAGGUUGAGGAUGGCUGGGAUGGAAUCAAGAAGGGUUUCACGCGCCCGAGUAACCUCGAUUUUAAUCUGGUGGUAGCCGAGUCCGCUCGAAGUACCUGCUGUUAGGGAAAGAAGACAAGUUUUGCAAGACUAGCGAUGACAACCACGGACCGCCACUGGCCGUGAGGCCGUGUCCCAACACAGGAACGAUGUGGCAGGGUGUACCGAAACACAAAACCGGGAGGAAUGUGAAGGACUACACUAUUAUGUAGUACGCGAAAGUCCAAGCGAGGAGAUGGACUGGUGCAGUGGUUGUACAGUAGAAGUAGCUAAUUUACUAGCGUAAAAGAAAGAAGGAGCAGGAGCCAAACCAAAUGUAAAACAACCGUAAAGGAACGUGCUAAUCCUGUUUAAUAUUCUCUUUCAUGCUAUAAUGCUCUAUUCUAUAAUUUUAUGAUAAGAACAUAUUGUUCGAUCGCACAUCGCACAUUCAGGGUUCGUUUUUCGUUCAUAGCACUCUCCUGUUUUACCGACUCAUCUCGUCUGUAUCUAAUAUUUUUUCAAUCUUCUCGAUAUUUUGUUUGAUUAAUGUUGGUUUUGAACCAUUAUGGAAUGUUUUACAAAAUAGCAAUGGCGAUUUGAAUGCCUAUCACGCACGCUUAACAUUUUCGUACACACGAACGCUAGAAACUGAGCCAACAGUGCAAGAUGGUGAUUUGAAAUUUGAGAGUCGACCACGCCAAUGUUGUGAUUGUGAUUUCAAAUAUUGUUUGCAGUACGUGCUCUCCAGAACUAUAAAGUUUCUAAAACAUCAUCAUCAUCAACUUUUAAUGCUGCGUCAUAAUAGAACGAGAUGGUGCGAUAUUUUGAUGUGAUGAUGUGCAACGAAGUGCUCUGAUAUAAAGUGCCGACUGGCACUGGCUUCGUCAUCACCAACAGAACUGUUUUACGAUGGUUGUCAGUAUCAACUCUUCUUCUUUGGCCCUCCACCGUGAAUUACAUUGUUGUGUAUAAGCUUCCUGCCUGAGGCGGUGAACCGAUGGUGUAAGCCAAACUUUGAUCAAAUGCUUGGCAUCUCUCAUAAUUUCUUUGGUUACCAGUUCUUGUACAGCGUUGUUUCGCUGUGUCCCUUUCUCCGUUCGUUGGUGCUUGCUAGGAUCAAAGAUGGCAAUGGCUGGUAGCGUUGUGAGCGUUACCUUAACACCCUGUGCGAAUAAAUACGACCCAGUCCGUUCCUAUAGGAUAAAAAAACCUGUAGGGCAACUACCUGCGGAUAUUGUUCUAUUGCUACGCAUCAUAACCAAACCCAACAGUACAGUUUCCGUGUUCCGUGCUUGGGAGUAAUAUAAAAAAAAUAAGAAACGUAUAUCGAUAAAACCAUAAAGCAAAAAGACAGCGCAUGUACAACAUCGGUAUGUUGGGGUUUGUUUUGUUCAUGUCGUUAACUGUUACUUGUUGGCGGGGGGUGGGGUUUUGGGUUUCAACGUUAGAAAUUCUGUUUUCAUGAUUUUUGUUAAAGUAUGGAUUGAAUAAUUUUAUUCAAAACUUUUGUACUUUUUUAAGUAUACUUUGAGCAAUAUUCUGUAUUUUUUCUUGUGGAAAUUUUGAAAAGCAAACCGGCACGACAAAUUCCGCUAUUUUGGUGAGAAACCCACAAAAUGGGGAGUGGGUUAUGUAGGUGAUGCAUUUCAUAUGUAACUUUAAAAUGAAACGGUCAAUUGAGUUUUAAAUGGCGGUGCAUAUAGACUAUGUUUUGUGAUAAAGGCGUUGAAAAGCUACAGGGCAUUCCCGAACGCUUUGAAUGGCAGGAGACUAACUAGACAAUAACGUCAAUAGUUUUGCUCAAAUCGACUGACAAUUGUGGGAAUAUAUUCUUGAUAUGUUUAACAAAAAGGUAAGACUUUUUUUUUAUUUUUCAAAAGUGCAAACCCUAACCGCUCCCUGGAUGAACAGAGCGGCCACCACUGCGUAUCGUUCGACCUUUGUGUAAGCCAGAUGCGGCGAUACUAGUAGACAACUGACUUUACA